AUGGAGCCAUGGCUCGACGACUUAGCCGACGACCUCCAAAGCAUCAGCUUCACCUCCACCGCCGCCACCGAAUCCAAACGAAGCACAAGCUCCGGCUCAGAAGCCACCCUCACCGCCUCCUGCUCCUCCUCCAUCCGAUCCGAGUCCCCGACCCGACAGCUGACCCUCUCGGACCUCAAAUUCUCCGAGCGGCUCGGCUCCGGCGACAUCGGGUCGGUGUACCUGGCGGAACUGAAGUCCGGCGACGGGCAAGGGUGCGUGUUCGCGGCGAAGGUGAUGGACAAGAAGGAGCUGAUUAGUCGGAGCAAGGAAGGGAGGGCGAGGACAGAGAGGGAAAUACUUGAAUUGUUGGAGCAUCCUUUUUUGCCCACGCUCUACGCGAGUAUAGACGCGCCUAACUGGCUGUUCUUGCUCACCGAGUUCUGCCCCGGCGGUGACCUCCACGUACUCCGACAGCGCCAGCCUUUGAAACGCUUCCCCGAGUCUGCCGUCAGGUUUUAUGCAUCUGAGGUGGUUGUAGCUCUGGAGUACCUUCACAUGAUGGGAAUUGUGUACCGUGAUCUCAAGCCCGAAAAUGUUUUAGUUCGAUCAGAUGGCCACAUCAUGCUUACAGAUUUUGACCUCUCAUUGAGGUGCGAUGAUGCCUCAUCUGCUGCUCAUAUAAUUUCUGGUCAAAACACUCCAGUUUCCGCCCCUCCUAAAGACAAUGCAGUCGAUCCGCCUCGCUUUACCUCAUCUUCAUGCAUCAUUCCAAAUUGUAUAGUUCCUGCCGUGUCAUGUUUCCACCCGAAGAGCAAGCGCAAGAAGAAGAAGCAGGGCCAUAGGGAUGGACCUGAGUUUGUUGCCGAGCCUGUUGACGUCCGGUCCAUGUCUUUUGUUGGGACACACGAAUACUUGGCCCCCGAGAUUGUAUCCGGUGAGGGACACGGUAGUGCUGUGGAUUGGUGGACACUAGGGAUAUUUAUAUUUGAACUAUUUUACGGUGUGACACCCUUUAAGGGUGUGGACAAUGAGCUAACCCUAGCUAAUAUUGUUGCUCGAGCCCUGGAGCUUCCUAAAGAACCUGCCGUGCCCUCCGCGGCAAAGGACCUCAUCUCACAGCUUUUGGCCAAGGACCCGGACAAGCGAUUGGGAUCGUUAAUGGGCGCAUCAGCAAUCAAACGACACCCAUUUUUCCAAGGGGUCAAUUGGGCACUGUUGAGAUGCACUCCUCCUCCAUUUAUUCCCCCGCCAUUUAGUAGACGCCUUGUAUCUAAUCAAACUUGUCCUGAGAAAAUGGAUUAUUAUUAGUCACAAACACAACAUAAAUAAAAACAUAUAUUGCACAUUUC